AAGCAACAUUUCUUUCCCAUGCAAAACGACGACGCUUCAUGGGGUUCAUUUUACUGAUUCUUCUCUCUUCAAAACCUUGCGUUUUCUGAUGUUUUCUCUCUUGUCUUCGUCAUCCAUGAAACCCAACCAAGAAAGUGGACGUGACCGGACCAAAACGAAGAUCGCAUUGACUUCGCUCUCAGCAAUGCUGGCGGAAUCGACGACGUUUCCAAUAGACUUGACGAAGACUAGGCUUCAGCUCCACGGCCAAUCACUCGCCACGAGUCGACCCACUAACUCGUUCCGAGUUGCCUCGGAGAUCGUCCGCCAACAAGGCCCUCUCGGCCUCUACAAGGGUUUGUCUCCUGCGAUUCUCAGGCACCUCUUUUACACGCCUAUUCGAAUCGUUGGGUACGAGCAUUUGAGAGACCUCUUCGGAAGCCAUGGUGGGUCUAUUUCUCUCUCGGAAAAAGCUAUCGUCGGUGGAAUCUCCGGCGUGAUCGCUCAGGUAGUUGCCAGCCCUGCUGACCUUGUUAAGGUGAGGAUGCAAGCGGACGGCCAUAUGGUGAGCCAAGGCCUUCAACCUAGGUACUCUGGUCCCUUUGAUGCUUUAAACAAGAUUAUCAGAGCAGAAGGUAUUAGAGGACUUUGGAAAGGAGUUUUCCCGAAUGUCCAAAGAGCAUUCUUGGUCAAUAUGGGAGAACUAGCCUGUUAUGAUCAUGCAAAGCGUUUUGUUAUCCAGAAUCGGAUAUCUGAAGAUAACAUAUAUGCUCAUUCUUUAGCCUCUGUAAUGUCAGGUCUUUCAGCUACUGCUUUGAGUUGUCCCGCUGAUGUAGUAAAGACGAGAAUGAUGAAUCAGGCUGUGAGCAACAAAGAAAGGAUUAUGUAUAACAGUUCUUAUGAUUGCCUGGUUAAGACUGUUAAAAUUGAGGGAUUAAAAGCACUAUGGAAAGGUUUCUUCCCUACAUGGGCUAGGCUUGGUCCUUGGCAAUUUGUUUUCUGGGUCUCAUAUGAGAAGCUCAGACAAAUUGCUGGGCUCUCUUCCUUCUGAUCAUUUUCUUUCCUUCAUCAGUAUCCUGCAAAUUCCCCUUGACUACAAUCCACAGCCACUUGGAUUCCUUUUUAAUCCUUAGAUAUGCCAUAUGUGUUUCUUCCCUGACUGCAAUUGUUGGUUGGAAAUACUAGAGUUGAGGUUGUCCUGUAAUUCAAAUAUCAACAUUCUUUUAGCUCUUUGUUUUUAGAUUUAUGAUUUUCAUUGCCUUUCCCUCUUUUGUAACAUGGAACUGCAAUUCUUUGAGUUGUGUUUAGAAGUUAUUGCCUGGACAUCAACCUAUGAGACACUGUAGAACAUAUCCUUCUGCUUGUUAUGAGCCGAGAAAGUCUGGUUUGGAAGCCAUUUUCAACUCAAAAUUGAGAAUGUGAAGAAAAGCUUCCCGAUGGAUAAUGAUGAGCAGAGAUCUCCAUGUGUUGAAUCCAAUCAAUAUAUCAGAAGUGUUCAAAGUGCAGCAACUGGGCAAUUAUCAGCAAUCAGCCAUUUCAUAGUCUGGGAAAUCAAAAAGUUAGAGACUUUCCUUGGUAUAAACUUAAUGCGGUAAGGCAUUGCAUGCAAACCUUGAAGGCUUUGGAUUAUGUCGCAAAAAUAAAACUUGAAGUUCUGUCAUUAUUUUUUAUUUUAUUAUUUGGUCAUGAGGCUAGUUUGAACCCAGGUUCUCUCAUCAUCGGAGAGGUGGCCGCUGCCUCUUAGCUAACGCAUCAAGGGCGAAGUUGUGUCAUUGUUGAGUACUCAAUAUCAAUUAAAAUAUAAAUACUGGAUAAAACCGAGCUAAACUGCUGAAAUCCACUAAUCCAUUAGUUAGACUUUUACUGCAUGAAUUAAAUUUUAAGUUUGGAGUUUAGCUUUUUAUGUCCAAAAUAAAAGUUAGAUAUAGACAUUAUGGUAUGAAAAGCAUUUUUACUUUUUGUUU